UACUACUCGAAAAGCUCUUUUUGACAGGCGAAAUCAUGGGUAGAGCUUUUUCUGGGUUCACCUUCGUUUUCUUUGCAUUUCUUGGCUUUAUCUUUUUUCCAGCUGAAGCUGCGAUAAAGAAGUACCAAUUUGAUAUUCAAGUGAAGAAUGUGAGUAGACUGUGCCAUGCAAAACCCAUUGUAACCGUUAAUGGGAGGUUCCCAGGGCCGACUAUAUAUGUGAGAGAGGGAGAUAGAGUUCUCAUCAACGUAACAAAUCAUGCACAAUAUAACAUGUCAAUUCAUUGGCAUGGACUGAAGCAAUAUCGAAAUGGUUGGGCAGAUGGACCAGCUUACAUCACUCAGUGCCCAAUCCAGACUGGGAAUAGCUACAUCUAUGACUUCAAUGUCACAGGCCAAAGGGGAACAUUAUGGUGGCAUGCGCAUAUUCUUUGGCUAAGGGCCACAGUCUAUGGCGCAUUUGUCAUCAUGCCCAAACAAGGAAACCCAUUUCCUUUCCCACAGCCGCACCAGGAAGUUGAAGUCCUAUUAGGAGAAUGGUGGCAUGCAGAUGUGGAAGAAGUUGUUAAGGAAGGGACAACCAUGGGCACGCCUCCAAAUAUGUCCGAUGCGCACACAAUCAAUGGAAAACCGGGGCCACUCUUUCCAUGUUCUGAAAAACAUACUUUUGUGAUCGAGGUUGAGUUAGGCAAAACAUAUCUCCUGAGGAUCGUCAACGCUGCCCUCAACGACGAGCUUUUCUUUGCUAUUGCUGGACACAACAUGACAGUAGUGGAGGUAGAUGCUGUUUAUGCAAAACCAUUUACUACUCAAGCUAUACUUAUUGCGCCUGGCCAGACCACAAACGUCCUGGUCCAAGCUAACCAAGUCCCUGGAAGAUAUUUCAUGGCAUCCAGGGCUUUCAUGGAUGUUCCCCUUUCCAUAGAUAACAAAACCGCCACUGCAAUUCUCCAGUACAAAGGCGUCCCAAACACUGUUCUCCCUUCUCUUCCCCAGUUGCCAGCACCCAAUGACACAGAGUUUGCUUUGAGCUAUGUCAAGAAGCUAAAGAGCUUGAACUCUCAGCAGUAUCCAGCCAAUGUUCCCCUCAAAAUUGAUAGAAACCUCUUUUACACUGUUGGUUUUGGCAAAAAUUCUUGCCCAACAUGCCUCAAUGGAACCAAACUCCUUGCUUCAUUGAAUAAUAUCUCCUUUGCAAUGCCUCAAAUUGGGCUUCUCCAAGCUCACUACUUCAACAUUAAAGGAGUGUAUAGAGCUGAUUUCCCUGACAAGCCACCAACUCCUUUCAACUAUACCGGUGCACCACUUACAGUCAAUCUUGGCACUGCCACAGGCACAAGGGUUAGCAAGAUUGCUUUUAAUUCUACAGUUGAGCUGGUUCUUCAAGACACCAAUCUUCUAACGGUUGAGUCACAUCCAUUCCAUCUCCAUGGCUAUAACUUCUUUGUUGUUGGAACGGGUAUUGGGAAUUUUGAUCAUGACAAAGAUCCUAAAAAUUACAACUUGGUUGAUCCUAUUGAAAGAAAUACAGUUGGAGUUCCCACUGGUGGUUGGACUGCUAUCCGGUUCAGGGCUGAUAAUCCUGGUGUUUGGUUCUUGCAUUGCCAUUUGGAGCUUCACACUGGUUGGGGAUUGAAAACUGCAUUUGUAGUUGAAGAUGGACCAGGAACAGAUCAAUCUGUUCUGCCUCCGCCCAAGGAUCUUCCACCAUGUUAGCUGUUGUACGAUUAAUUUGUAUGCGAAAUCCUUUUAUGUGGGACCUACAGUUUGCUUUCAUCCUGCAAAAGUUGCGGAUGUUUCUUGAGGAUAAAAUUUAGGGAAAAAAAAAAAAAAAUGGUUUGCAGAUUUGCUUGAAACUCAAAAUGUAAUAAAUUCCACGAAGUGUAUAAUCAAUAUUACUUG